AUGGCAUCCCGUGGGCAAUCGGAAACUAGUCAACUGAGAACCAAUCUGGAGGAGCAGCUCGAUCGGUUGGUGGCUCAACUCGGUGAUCUCGAAGAGUGCAAAAAUGAUCUUGAGGCGGAGGAGUACGAGGAGACCAAGCGGGAGACGAUGGAGCAGCUGGAGGACUUUAACAAGUACCUUUCAAGGCUCACCUCGGGCAAUAUGACACUGGUCGAUGAGAUUGGCUCGAUGCAGUUGGCAAUCCAAGCGGCAAUCAGCAAUGCAUUUCAGACGCCGGAGAUUAUUCGCCUCUUUGCUAGAAAGCAGCCCACACAACUGCGCGUCAAACUCUCCGAGAUUGAGCGUGACUUUAAAAUUGGCUCCCUGGACAAGGAGCGCUACACACAACAGAAGCGAGAGAUUCUGAGCGCCCUGACGAGGCUAGGUGAUAACCUCCUGGACGAAGAGAAGAUCUUUCUCGCCAACAAUCUCACCGAUUCGCUGAAGGAGUUCAACAAGGUCACCAGUGAAAAUGUCUCUGAAGAGAAUGUGACAAGCCUGAUCAGCCAUUCCCAGCAGCAGUAG